AUGUCAUCGAUUAGUGUGCGUUUGAAUGCGGUCAAUCACGCCAUUGAGUGGAUCAUGGAAUUGUCAGUGGUCGGUGCGGUCUUGUUCAGUUUCAUCAACAUAUGCGUGGGCAUAUUUUGCUUAACCGAUGCCAUAACUGCGGAUCAGCUACGACUCAUUUUAAAGCGAAUCGAUAUGGGCGCCAGACACUACAGCUUACUCGGCGUACACUACUCUGGUCUUUGUGUAAUAGUCGGCGAGACGGUCGGAAUAACGUCAUGCCUGUUUUUGCUUGCAUUCAUUGUGUAUAAAAUGCCACAGCGGGAGAAAGAGGAACAUGUGGAUGUGUUGUGCGAUCAGACAAACGCUACGGAGGAGACAUUGUGUCUAGAACGGUUAAUAGCGGAAUCCAAUCUACAAUCGUUCUUGAAACAGUUGCAGGUAGAGCGGAUAACAAACUCCAUCAGUAGUUACCAUCAAAAGCUGCGAAGAGAACUUCAGCGGUUUCAACGCGAUGCUGGCACAUUUGAAACCGUAUGGACAAGGAAGCGUGAUGCGGGAUUACCGGAUGAAAAGAGAAUGGAGACGUUUUUGCUCUCCCCUGUACAAAGCUUUGAUGCUCCCGAUAGGACACAACCAGACGAAAGUGAAGUGGAUGUUUAUGUAGGAAUCGAGCAGGCAACAUGUGAAUGGGUGAGUCAAGAUGCGCAGGAAAAGCAUCACGGCAGAAGCAGAGAUGGGGAGGUAACCACCAGUUGCCUUGGAGACCACCAUGCCAAUGAAGCAACGGAAAUUCACCUCACUUUAACUGUGGAUUGUCGUCGACAAACGGCGAGUUACAAGCGCUCAGUUCAUCUGGUCGUGAUGUUUAGCUGUAUACUGCUGGUCAUCUGUGUUCCCUAUCAUUUUCACCUUAUCACUUUACAUGCAUUGCGUAGAACGGUGCCAUUUACUUUACUGAGAGUGGAGCGUUCAAUUACAACCAGCGAAGGUGCACGAGGUGCUGAAGUCGAUGAAUUUCGCAAAGCAUUUUAUGAAACCUUCAAGUGUCAAUCACUGUUUAAUGAAACCGGGUGCUCAGUUAGCGUACUUAUUAAUGAAUUCGGUGCCCCAACACUUGUUCGGGAAUGCCACGGCAAGCCAGAGACGAUCCAGUUAACAGAGAUAGAUGCGAGUUCCUCCACUCAGGAUUGUUACCAGCAGAUAACUCGAUGGAUUGGAAUGAGGCAAGCGUCAGGUGGAUUUCGUGUUGCGUUGGCUCUGCUGAUGUAUACAGUGAGCAUCAGCUUGAAUAUUCGUCGACUCGCUUUGCUAAGCUCUCAAGCCUCUGUGCAGACGUAUCCAAGACAAGAAUGGUGGAGAGGAGUUGGCGAGAGGCAUGAACUGCCUUUCAACGUAGGAGUGCAGUGUGACAUUGAGGAGCGAACUGAGACACGGAACCGAGCUCGUGGACGACUGGCAGAGCUGUAUUCAUGGAAUUCCCGUAGCCGGUUGCUGGAUAGAGGCCCCAAGAGCAUCCGGCGUGGAUCGCGAUUAUGGCACACUGGUGAUUGA